AUGGUCGCUUCUCUGCCCGGGACGUGCCUCGCCAGAAGCCCCUGCCCGCCCGUGGUGCUGCUGGCUGUCCUCGGCGUAGUGGUGGACUGCCGAGGUGGAAUUGUUGACAGCCUGCAAAGAUUUGCCAGCUCACCGGUGUAUCUCCCUGUGAGUUACCACCUUUCCAGCGCUGACGCUUCCUUCUUCCUCAAAGAAACCAACCAAGAGAUCGUGAGGAAUGCGAGCUUGCAGUCCCGCACAGAGCCUUUCCUGGUCUACAAAGCCACCCGCUUGCCUGUAUUAAAUGCUACUUAUGGUCCUUACACUGUGGAGCAGAUUAUGCCUCCGAACCUGUGGCUGACGUCGCCUCUGUUCAGUUUCACUGACGGGUUCACUUUUAAUUGGAAGUUACAAUCGCGCAUCGUCGACAGUUCCGUAUAUUCCAAUAGGCCCAAAGUCCAGGCUUUGUUUUAUGUUGCUGGCAAAGAUUGGGAAGAUCAUGAUCCGUCUGAGGUCUUGCCCUGCGUGCAGAUGGUAGCUUUCCGGAAGGACAGAGUAGCUGUGGGCAACUGUCGAUUGAAAGGUCACCUGGGCUUAUGUGUUGUAGAACUGGAGUUCCCACCAGCCUGGUUCAACUCUGAGUUGUCAACUCCAUUGCCACCAUUGACUUCAGAGUAUCAAGAGACAGAGGACUCACUGGAAGGGUUCACAGUGGAGCUUUUCUAUUGGAUGUACACAGCAGUGGAAGAGGAAUGUCCUUCAGGAGAUCCAAACCUGGAAAGCUUUCUUCAUCCAGGAGGCCAGGAUGAGGCACAGGUGCCUGUGGUCUCAAUGGAAAAAGUUGGCAGUGUUAUUCUUUACCCAACUCAAGACAAGCUCAAGAAGUCAUCCCUGAAGCUUGACAACAACCUUGUGCUCUGUUUGCCACGUAGCCCAGUCAAGGAAGGAGAUCUUGUCAUGUUCCAUGUCUCUCUCACCAGUGGCUCUCUAGCAGAUCAGUUUACACUAAGAGUUAAGGCUGCCCCGGGUGUGAAGAUCAUCGACAUUCGAGUCAUUGAUCCACACCAGUGGCAAGUUCAACAAGAUGUUGACAAUGGACGGACACAGACGACUGCUACCAUUGUGUGUGAACGCAUUGAUCCAAACGCCGAGAACUG